UCUAGCUUGAUCUUUCUAGCAUCUCUGCUAAUUGCCAAGCUCCAACCUUCUCAAUUUCCUAGAUUUAUUUGAUUCUGAAUAAUAGGAAGAUCCAUACAUCACAGGUGAUGGCUGACAUUGCUCGCCGGGAAGCGGAGGUCGACGGCGCUGCUUCUUCCAAGAUCGCGGCGGCGCUGGGGCUGUUCGGCGUCGCCACGGUCUCUCUGAUCAUCAACCUGGCCGCCGCGUGCGACCCACCGCCGGCCUACGGUGGUAACACCUACUACCACCUCGCUCUUGUGGGUUCCUUCCUCGCCGGAAUGGGCCAGGUUGGCGCGGCCAUCUGGGUCUCCGACGACCCACGCGGUCGCCGUGCCGCCGUCGGCAAGAAGAUCAUGAUCGCCUCCAUCGCGCCGCUCGUCGUCGCCGUCGGCCUCACCGGAGCGGCUCUGCUCUGGUAAUUACACCUAGGUUCGUUCAACUACACCGACAUCGCCGCCUCCCGCGCCAGCUUCUCCCUAGAUCGGCGCGAAUGUAUCUAUAUCGAUCUUACUUGUUUCAGUUGUGUAAUGCUCCUUUCUUGCUGUUUGGGUCACUGAUCGAGCUUUUGUGUAUCACCUCGCCUAUAUAUCUACAAUAAAUCGAUCACUUCGUUUC